UCUGUGUCGCCUCACAGCAGAAAGAUCCAUCCAUCCAUCCAUCCAUCCAUCCAUCAUGACCUCUUACGUGUCUCGCUCUUCCUCCAGCUCCAUGAGGAGCUCCGGCGGCUCCCUGACCGGUGGCUUCGGUGGCGGACGGAUGUCAUCGGCCAUGAGGGCCGGCAGCGUGUACGCAGGCGCCGGCGGCGACGGUGUCCGCAUCUCCACGGCCGGCAGCGGCCUCAGGGCGAGCAUGGGCGGCGGCGGCGGCAGCUCGUCCUCCUUUAGCUACAGCGUGUCCGGCGCCAACGACAGCGUUAUCGGCAACGAGAAGUUCACCAUGCAGAACCUCAACGACCGCCUGGCCACGUACCUGGCCAAGGUGCGCUCCCUGGAGAAGGCCAACGCCGAGCUGGAGCUCAAGAUCAGGCAGUUCCUGGAGAGCAAGGUCGGCCCGUCCGCCAGAGACUACAGCGCCCACUACGCCACCAUCUCAGACAUCACCGCCAAGAUUCAGGCGGCCGUCAAGGCGAACGGAGCCAUCCAUCUCAGCAUCGACAACGCCCGGCUGGCUGCAGACGACUUCAGGGGCAAGUAUGAGAACGAGCUAGCCAUGCGUCAGUCAGUGGAGGCCGACGUCGCCGGGCUGAAGAGAGUCCUGGACGAGCUGAAACUGGCUAAGAACGACCUGACCAUGCAGAUCGAGGGUCUGAAGGAGGAACUCAUCUUCCUCAAGAAGAACCACCAAGAGGAGCUGCUGGCGAUGCGAGCGCAGAUGAGCGGUCAGGUCCACGUGGAAGUAGACGCCGCUCCGGGACAGGACCUCAACAAGAUGAUGGCCGAGAUCAGAGAGUACUACGAGGGCAUCACUGCCAAGAACCACAAGGAGCUGGAGGCCUGGUUCAAGACCAAGUCGGAGACACUGACCAAAGAGGUGACCACGACGACGACCACGCUGAACACCACCCGGUCGGAGGUCACGGAGAUCAAGCGGACGCUGCAGUCCCUGCAGAUCGAGCUGCAGUCCAUGCUGGGCAUGAAAGCGUCGCUGGAGGGAACUCUGGCCGAGACACAGAACCGCUACGCCAUGCAGCUCUCCGGAUACCAGAUGCAGGUGAGCAGUCUGGAGGAGCAGCUGGCCCACCUCAGGGCUGACCUGGAGAGACAGGGACAGGAGUAUAAGAUGCUGCUGGACAUCAAGACCAGACUGGAGAUGGAGAUCGCCGAGUACAGGAGGCUGCUGGACGGAGAGAGCAGCAGCGUCAGCACCAAGUCAUCCACGAGCACCACGACCAAGCGCGUGGUGACGGUGGUGGAGGAGGUGGUCGACGGCAAAGUGGUGACCUCUUCAACCUCCGCAUCCACCUCUGUCAAGACCUCCUGAGCCAAUCAUCAUCAUCAUCAGUCACUGGUGUGGAGAAUCUGAUGUUGAAACAAUAAAAACGAGAGUCAAAAUU